CCCUCCUCCCUCCCGCUAGCCUCGAGGUUUCUCUGCUGGACGAGGCCGAGUCUGUGUCAGUCAGAGAGGCGGACUGCAGAGAAAGGAGACAGGCGCUCUGUUGCAACCUCGCCCCGAGGCCAGUGCCCGUGCCCGCGGCGCUGGGUGGGAAGGAUGCCGCUGCAGCUGAGGCAGCCCCCUUAUGAUUGGCUGUGGCUCUUGUGAACCCGAAGUAAAGAUGGCGGGCGGGCAGGCAGCCGCCGCACUGCCCACUUGGAAGAUGGCGGCGCGCCGCAGCCUCAGCGCCCGCGGCCGGGGGGUCCUGCAGGCGGCGGGGCGGCUGCUGCCGCUGCUACUGCUGAUCUGCUGCUGCGGCGCGGGCGGCUGCGCGGCGGCGGGCGAGAGCGAGGAGACGGUGAUCAUCGGACUGCGGCUGGAGGACACGAACGACGUGUCGUUCAUGGAAGGAGGGGCGCUGCGGGUGAGCGAGCGGACUCGGGUCAAGCUGCGGGUGUACGGCCAGAACAUCAACAACGAGACCUGGUCCCGCAUCGCCUUCACCGAGCAGGAGCGGCGGCCCCACAGCCCGGGCGAGCGCGGACUGGGGGGACCCGCGCCGCCGGAGCCGGACAGCGGCCCCCAGCGCUGCGGCAUCCGGACUUCGGACAUCAUCAUCUUGCCCCACAUCAUCCUCAACCGCCGGACUUCGGGCAUCAUCGAGAUCGAGAUCAAACCUCUGCGCAAGAUGGAGAAGAGCAAGUCCUACUACCUGUGCACGUCGCUGUCCACGCCCGCCCUGGGCGCCGGCGGCCCGGGGACCGCGGGGGGUGCCGUCGGGGGCAAGGGCGGCUCGGGGGUGGCGGGGCUGCCGCCGCCCCCCUGGGCCGAGACCACCUGGAUUUACCACGACGGCGAGGACACCAAGAUGAUCGUGGGCGAGGAGAAGAAGUUCUUGCUGCCCUUCUGGCUGCAGGUGAUCUUCAUCUCCCUGCUGCUGUGCCUGUCGGGCAUGUUCAGCGGACUCAACCUGGGCCUCAUGGCCCUGGACCCGAUGGAGCUGCGCAUCGUGCAGAACUGCGGCACCGAGAAGGAGAAGAAUUACGCCAAGCGCAUCGAGCCGGUGCGCCGCCAGGGCAACUACCUGCUGUGCUCGCUGCUGCUGGGCAACGUGCUGGUCAACACCACGCUCACCAUCCUGCUCGACGACAUCGCGGGCUCCGGCCUCGUGGCGGUGGUGGUGUCCACCAUCGGCAUUGUCAUCUUCGGGGAGAUCGUGCCCCAGGCCAUCUGCUCCCGCCACGGCCUGGCCGUGGGGGCCAACACCAUCUUCCUCACCAAGUUUUUCAUGAUGAUGACCUUCCCGGCUUCUUACCCGGUCAGCAAGCUGCUGGACUGCGUCCUGGGCCAGGAGAUCGGCACCGUCUACAAUCGGGAGAAACUGCUGGAGAUGCUCCGGGUCACCGACCCCUACAACGACCUCGUCAAAGAGGAGCUGAACAUCAUCCAAGGGGCGCUGGAGCUCCGCACCAAGACGGUGGAGGACGUGAUGACCCCGCUCCGGGACUGCUUCAUGAUCACAGGCGAGGCCAUCCUGGACUUCAACACCAUGUCGGAGAUCAUGGAGAGCGGCUACACCCGCAUCCCGGUGUUUGAGGGCGAGCGCUCCAACAUCGUGGACCUCCUCUUCGUCAAAGACUUGGCCUUCGUGGAUCCCGACGACUGCACGCCCCUGAAAACCAUCACGAAGUUUUACAAUCAUCCCUUGCACUUUGUUUUCAACGACACCAAGUUGGACGCUAUGCUCGAGGAAUUUAAGAAAGGUAAAUCUCACCUGGCCAUUGUGCAGCGAGUGAACAAUGAAGGAGAGGGGGAUCCGUUUUAUGAAGUUCUGGGAAUCGUCACUCUAGAAGACGUCAUUGAAGAAAUCAUCAAAUCUGAAAUUCUUGAUGAAACCGACUUAUACACUGAUAACAGAACUAAGAAGAAAGUGGCCCAUCGGGAACGAAAGCAGGAUUUCUCUGCCUUUAAGCAGACAGACAGCGAGAUGAAGGUUAAAAUAUCACCACAGCUUCUCCUGGCCAUGCACCGUUUCCUAGCAACAGAAGUAGAGGCAUUUAGCCCAUCCCAGAUGUCAGAGAAGAUCCUUCUAAGGCUGCUAAAGCAUCCCAAUGUCAUCCAGGAACUGAAGUUUGAUGAGAAGAACAAGAAAGCCCCAGAAUACUACCUCUACCAGCGAAACAAACCUGUAGACUACUUCGUUCUCAUUUUGCAGGGAAAAGUGGAAGUAGAAGCUGGGAAAGAAGGUAUGAAGUUUGAGGCCAGUGCUUUUUCAUACUAUGGUGUGAUGGCCCUUACAUCUUCACCGGUUCCUCUGUCCCUGUCUCGUACCUUUGUUGUCAGCAGAACAGAGUUGUUAGCAGCAGGUUCACCAGGUGAAAACAAGUCGCCCCCUCGCCCAUGUGGCCUGAACCACUCAGAUUCGCUCAGUCGAAGCGACCGGAUCGAUGCAAUCACACCGACGCUGGGGAGCAGCAACAACCAGCUGAAUUCCUCCUUCCUGCAAGUCUACAUCCCUGACUACUCUGUCCGCGCCCUCUCUGAUAUUCAGUUUGUGAAGAUCUCCAGACAGCAAUACCAAAAUGCCUUGAUGGCAUCCCGGAUGGACAAAACCCCGCAGUCUUCGGACAGUGAAAACACAAAAAUUGAAUUGACUCUUACGGAACUGCACGACGGGUUACCAGACGAGACGGCCAACCUGCUCAACGAACAGAACUGUGUAUCUCACAACAAGGCCAACCACAGCCUGCACAGCGAGGGCGCCAUCUAGCGGCGCCUUCCGCCCACGGCCCGGGGCCAGGCCGCCGGCCUCCGAUGAGACUCACACUCACUCCCAGUGUGAGCUCGGUGCGGGGUCCGGGUCGGGCAUCCUGCAACAUCCGAGACCAAAGACUUUGCCCCCUUCCCAGUGGCGGCGGGAGGGGAAACAGGGAACCCAGAGAUGCGGCACUGACGGUUGGGGCGUGGCAUUCGAGGUAUUUUUCAGAGACGAACUACUUCCGCCCAGAUAGAAUCAUGGUUUUGUUUUUUUUUCAGCCGUACAUUUUUUCUCAGUACUUGCUUCUCCUUUUUCUUCCAUGUGCAUGAAGCUGGAAAUUGUCGCGACUUUUUUUCUACCCUUCACUCCCAAGAGAUCAUGUUUUCAAAGUGUCUCCUGCAGAGUUGAGCGUUGAUCUGUCUGCAGUCUGCUGUGGCCCCAGGAUGUGACCCUCCCUCUUCCCACCCCGUGGCCUUCCUUGGCACACCCUCCCUCUGCACCCCUUGGGUGCUGCUGUUGAACUUGAAGGAUGAGUGAAGAAAGCUGUGUGGGGCUCCUGACUACCCAAGGGAAUGCAGUCCAGUAUUGUCUCAAGACGUUCAUGUCUGACUGUGCCCCUCACCCUCCAAAAGGUUGACACCCUGUGGGUGUGACCUUGCCCCCACUCUAAGGAAUUUUUAUCACCAAAAUGAAUGUUAAUGGAUUUUAAACCCACGUUUUAUCAUCGGCAAGAAGCCAAGUGACUUCACCCCUACAUUUCUGCAGCUCGGGGUCUCCUAUGCGCCCCAGGGCUCUGUCACCCACCUCCCCAUCCUCGCUCUUGUGAACCCAAGAUGCUGCUACACAGAUGCCAAAUGGAAAUCUUCCACGAGGUGUGGAGCUCGGGCUCCUGCCUUUCCCGCCGGGAUGCAUGUAAAUUGUCUGGAGAGAAAGAGGAAUUGGACCUUCCAGCUGCACUCUGUGCUCCAGGCCCUGGAGGCUCACACCCCGGUGUUCAAAGGGGGAACUCUGGGGACUGUCAGCCCCUGACCCUCCUUCCAGGGCACCCACCUCCAUUCCUGCCCCAGUGUCCCUGGGCCCGCAGUCCCCAUGGUGGCUGUUAUCACCUGCCAGAGAGGCUGCCUGUACAGCCAGGGGCCAUUUCACCCCAAACAGGGAUUCAGAAACCAAAUGUGUGUUGUGGCCAUUUCAUAUGUGUCUCUGUCUCGUUUUAAUACCAAAUCCACCGCCCAGAUUAAGAUUAACAUCAGGAGGCUAGUUCUUGAGUGACUUUGAAGUCUUAGCCCUCUUAUCUGUGUUCUAAGUGUUAGCCCUGGUGAUGUGUGCAUUUUGCUUUGUUUCUUUGGCCCCUGUGAAAUGUGUGCCCUGAAAUGAAUCCACACUGACCACGGCUCUCAGAACAGUCAGUCCCCUCCACGUCCAGUCACUAGCAAGAAGAUGGCUUCUGCUCUGAGAGUCUGAGCCAACAGAAGCUCCUGAGGCCAAUGGUGUGUGUGUGUGUGUGUGUGUGUGUGUGUGUGUGUGUGUGUGAUUGAUUGUUACCUCCUGGGGAGCAGUUUGGGGGUUCUGGUGUCACAUGCAUGCCUGAUACCAUUUUUUUCCUCUGGGAAGUCAGUCCUGGAAUAACUCCCCUCAGAAGGUGCUGUACCCACCUCCCCCUAGCGUGUAAAGUACUGGCCUGACCUGGGAGAGUCACACUGACUUGCUGAUGGCACCCAGCCUCCCACCGUGGGAUGGAGCCCCCACCAGGCAGCCCACUCUUCUCAGUGUCCCCUUCUAUAAAUGGUUAAGAUGACUUUCGAAAGUGCACCUAGCUGAGCACACCGCACUCUGAUAAAAGAACUGGGAUGUCCUGUACAGGACAUAGAAAGGGAGGUUUCCUGUGACAAAGUGACAGCUGGCCCUGCACAGGAAGGGGCUUCUCCCCAGCAGCCAGGUCACACCCUUGGCUGGACAGCACUUGCCUUCCUGUGGUCUGAGGGAGCCAGGUGCUCUGACCCACAGGACUCUUCUUUUCACCACAUAGCUCCUGAGCUGUCUGCUUCUCCACCUCAGGUGGCUAUGCUCCUAGAAUUUGUGUGGAGUGUGAGGCCUCUUCCUGAGUCCCACUCUUCCAUGAUGAAUCCUAAAGCACUGUGAGGGCCCAGGGAGUGCAGAGAAGAUUCUAGCUCCCGCCUCCUUGACUUUAGGGAGAAGCAGGUCAAUUUCUCAGUGCUGUCUUACCUGCUCACUUUAUGAAAAGUCCUUCUUGCACUGAAACUCCCAGAGGAUGAACUGUUAGCUUCCCAAGUUUUCCUGUAAACCAUUUGGGGUAGGGGAAGACGGGGGUCAGCCAUCAACCCCAGAGUCUCAUGUGCUCUGCCAGUGAGUUACAUCCUCGGCCAUGUCAAACACUCUUUAUCUAUAAACGUUAACAUGAUUCGAUAACAACAGGGAAUCCAAAAUAAUUCCUGUCUGGUCCCUGAAGUUAAUAAAGACUGACAUUUGACUG